GUGAAAGGUCGUGAUGGUGAAAGCGAGGCCAGGAAUCCCACAAUACUAGGCGAAGUAGCUCCUUCUCGGGCAGAGCUUGUGGUUUUAAUCAAAGGGAAGGAGAAGAAGAGUGCAGAGGAUGUAAGAUGGCAGAGUUACAAAUGCUGUUAGAUGAGGAAAUUCCAGCCGGUAAAAGAGCCCUCAUCGAGAGCUACCAGAACCUCACCAGGGUAGCAGACUACUGUGAAAGCAAUUAUGUCCAGGCACAAGACAAGCGGAAAGCCCUGGAGGAGACCAAAGCUUAUACAACCCAGUCUCUUGCUAGCGUUGCUUACCAGAUCAAUGCCUUAGCCAACAAUGUGCUGCAACUGCUGGACAUCCAGGCGUCCCAGCUGCGGAGAAUGGAAUCUUCCAUCAACCAUAUCUCCGAGACUGUGGACAUACACAAAGAGAAGGUGGCCCGGCGAGAAAUAGGCAUUCUGACUACUAACAAGAACACGGCGAGAACCCAUAAAAUCAUUGCGCCGGCCAACAUGGAGAGGCCUGUGAGGUAUAUUCGGAAACCCAUAGAUUACACAGUGCUGGAUGAUGUGGGUCAUGGAGUGAAGUGGCUAAAAGCCAAGCAUGGCAGUAACCAGCCUGUCCGGGGAGGCACGCUGUCGAGGACCAAUCCACCCACACAGAAGCCACCCAGUCCUCCGAUGUCAGGACGGGGGACUCUUGGACGAAAUACUCCUUACAAAACCCUGGAGCCCGUGAAGCCUCCUGUGGUUCCCAAUGACUACAUGACAAGCCCAGCCAGGCUAGGCAGCCAGCACAGCCCUGGAAGAACGGCAUCCCUCAACCAGAGACCAAGAACUCACAGUGGCAGCAGUGGUGGAAGCGGGAGCAGAGAGAACAGUGGCAGCAGCAGUAUUGGCAUUCCCAUCGCCGUGCCUACACCCUCACCACCAACACUGGGACCAGCGUCGGGCCCGGUCCCUGGUCCUGGUCCAGUUCCUGGCUCUCAGUUUGGAACAAUAACCCGGCAGAUCUCUCGGCACAAUUCCACCACCUCUUCUGUUUCCUCGGGGGGCUACAGACGAACCCCUUCCAUCACGUCUCAGUUUUCUGUGCAGCCUCACGUUAACGGCGUACCCCUUUACCCUCCCAGCUCAAUGUCUAUUGCCCCUCCCCCUCCCCCUAUGCCUCAGCUGACUCCACAGAUACCUCUCACAGGCUUUGUUGCCAGAGUGCAAGAAAACAUUGCGGACAGCCCCACCCCUCCUCCCCCGCCUCCCCCAGACGACAUGCCCAUAUUUGACGAGUCCCCGCCUCCUCCACCCCCCCCACCGGCCGACUACGAGGAUGAGGAAGCUGCUGUGGUGCAGUACAGUGAUCCCUAUGCUGACGGAGACCCGGCCUGGGCUCCCAAGAGCUAUAUUGAGAAAGUUGUUGCAAUUUAUGACUACUCAAAGGACAAGGAGGAUGAGCUGUCUUUCAAUGAAGGUGCAAUUAUUUACAUUAUCAAGAAGAAUGAUGAUGGCUGGUAUGAAGGCAACUGCAAUGGAGUCACUGGCUUAUUCCCUGGGAAUUAUGUGGAGUCAAUCAUGCACUAUGCAGAUUAAGAGACCACAUCUCUAGUGGGGACCCUAUUUAUUCACUCAUAUCUGGACAAAGUUCAUUGACCUAAAACGCUUAGAUAAGUGCAUUGGGAUGUGACAGAAUGUUUCUUUGCUUUUUAAAUUGCAAAUACAAAUUCUAUUUACUGGGUUACUUUUUGGGUUGGACAGGGGUGGAUGGGGAGAAUAAGGUAUGCUAAGGUGCAACAUGAUAUGAUUUGAAUAUUGGUAACAUGCUUAUUUACAAUGUGUUUAAUGGUCUAUAGGCAGGUGUUGUCAUAUUACUAUGUGGCUGUUCAUAAUAUGAGCAGCUGUCUCUUAGUCAGUAAUGUGUUACUCUGAGUGUCUUUCACAAUGUCUUGACCAGCCUAUCCCAUGAGUGUAUAUGUAGAGGUAUAUUUUAUACAUCAGGUUUUAAAUUGUGCUAUUCAUUUUUGUUUUUCUUCCCAGUUUAGCAUGGUAACUGACACUAAGGUAGACCAAUGCGUUUUUGAUGUUAUUAGAAAGCGAAUGGUAAUGCAGGUCAGAUUACUCUUUUAAAGCUAAUGGUCAUUCCUGAAUUGUACUUUUAAAUUUGCUUGAAGCAUGCAUACAAAUUAAGAAUUAAUGUAUUGUAACCUAUACUCCCCUUUUUUUUUUUUUGUUUAAUCCAUUAUGCUUCCAGUUUGUUAUAAUAUAUUUACAGUGAGCAAUCAAACUCAUUUUUUCUUUUUGAAUGAAGUGUCUAAAGCAUUGUUGUGGACUUGCUUGUGGUCUCAUAUUGUGAAUGUUCCAGUUUCUAUUUAAACAUUUGAUAUUACAUUUCCAUAAUGAAUUUUACGUAUGUUGCUUCAUAGCACAUAAAACAAGGCUUUGUGGUUUUGUUGGGGGGGAAAUUAUAUAUAUAUAUAUAUAUAUAUAUAUAUAUGGGAUAGUUUUUUGGCCCACUGAUUCUGCUGCUAAUAUUGACUUGGAAAUACUAACCAUUCAAAUUUAGUUUUAGAACUUGGCUUCUAAAUCUUUACCCUGAAAAACAGGAACAAAUCCAAUGAGAACAUACUAGCAUUUUUUAAAUGAUUGCAAUUUGUAUUAGAGGCUGUAAGUGUAAACGUGCACUGUGGGAUCUUUCUGGGUUUUACCUGCGUUUUAUCAUGGAACUGUUUGAUUUCACGAAUUUAAAUAAUACUGCCAUGCUGCAACGAGCAUUCCAUAAACCAGAACAGUCUAAUGGACCAGAAUUAAAGUACUUUGAUUUUA